AGCGGAAACGAGGGGGCUCAUUUCCCCUUUUUUUAUUAUUAUUUAUUUAUGUGUAGCCCUAAAACGAAGACCCCUAUGUUUCAUCAUGAUAGGUAACAUGGUGCAUCUCUUGACAAUCUGGAGUUAAAGUGGACUAUCAAGCAUGUUGUUUAUUACGAUGUGUUAGAAUUUUUUUGUGACAUGUGUCCUGCGCUUUUGUUGCACCAUCUUAACAUCACAUAAUGAUAACUCUUAGUGAAAUCUUUUGGAUUUUAAGUGUAAUUCAUCUCAUAACUUGUCAUGAGCUUCCUAAAUUAAAUCCAUUAUCAUUGCCUGAUCAUCAUAGCAUUGGUUCUAGAGCCAAGCUCCUCUGUGUUGCGUCUUCUGGGGAUCAGCCGAUUGAUUUCCAGUGGUUGAAAGAUGGGGCAAGUUUUUCAUCAGGAAAAAUUGAGCAGCUAGAUGAAUGGACUUCAUCGUUAACGAUAUAUCCUUUGAGCCUGGACCACAAUGGAAAUUACACUUGCGUUGCAUCCAAUGACGUUGGGAAAAAUCGUGUCACUGCUUCACUUUUUGUAACAGCUCCUCCUCAGUGGGUAAUAGAGCCAGCUGAUGUUAGUGUCAAAACUGGAGAAAAAGUUAUUCUUCCCUGCAGUGCUGAAGGAUCUCCAAAAGUUAAAAUUUCGUGGAAAAAGCAAUCAAAAUCACAGCUAUCUCUAAUAUUCUCGUCGGAUGAUUUUUGGAUUCAUGAAAAUGGAACUUUGUCAAUUUCUAAUGCCCAGAAAACAAAAAGUGGGAUUUAUGUUUGUGAAGCUUCAAAUGGAGUAGGAAAUACUCUUACAAAAAAUGUGAAGUUGACAGUUUUUGAAUAUCCUGUUGUGGAUAGAAUUGUGGAUCAUGUUACAAUUGAAAGAGGGCACACUGCUCAAUUAUCUUGCAUUGCGUCUGGUGAUCCACCAUUAACAUACAUAUGGAUGAGAAAUAAAGUUUCUUUGGCUGAACAACCAGAUCUAUUAGAACGAGUAUCAUUUUCGGAGCUGCCUAGCCAAGAGCAUGUUCAGUUUACUCUUUCUAUCAGCAACACUAAAAUAGAAGAUGAGGGUAUCUACACCUGUGUUGCCAGAAAUGAUUUCGGAUCGGACAAAAAGGAAGUUCGCUUGAUGCUUGUUGAGCGUCCUUACCCUCCUCGUUAUGUUGAGAUGAUUGAUAUUUGGAGUCGAAGUGCUCGUUUAAAAUGGUCUCCUUCUGACAAUGGAAAUAGUCCAAUUUUAAGUUAUACUGUGGAGUACUGGACAAACCCUGGUGGCCACUGGAAUGAAACACUGUCUAGUUCUCUGACAUCAUGUAUUUUAAGGGGUUUGAAACCUUUUACAACGUACAGUUUUCAUGUAUGGGCAAGUAAUAAUGUUGGAGACAGUGAGCCUUCAGAACAAGUUCAGUUUACUACAGCAAAAGAAGAGCCAUCUGCUCCACCUGUUGAUGUUAAGUUAGAAGAUGUAGGAUCUACUUUUGUUCGAAUCUCAUGGAAACCUCCUCCACGUGAUGAAUGGAAUGGUGUGCUCACCGGUUACUACGUUGGAUACAAACAAAGUUCCUCACAUCAUCCUUAUACAUACAACACUGUUGAUGCUGAAGAUGACAUAUAUUAUGUCUUGAGAGGCUUACGUCGAAACACUAGGUAUUUAAUCACCGUGCGUAGUUUUAAUGAUGUCGGAAGUGGUCCAAUGAGUGAAGAGAUACCAUUUAAAACUCUCAAUCAAGAGCCUCCAGUUCAGCCAAUUUUAGUGGUUAAAGACAUUGGUUCAACUUUCCUUCAAAUUCAUUGGAUUAUGCCUGAUGAUGAAAAGCUUAAAAUAAGUGGUUAUACAAUACACUACCGCAAAAAUGGAGAAAAAUGGAAAGAAAUAUCAGUCCCAGAUGCUGUCCAAACUUCUUACACACUCACAAAUUUAGAUACCGGAGUUCCAUAUCAGAUUUAUAUUACAGUUCAUGGCUCUGGAGGCAUUAGUGAGCCCAGCGAAGUUGCUACAGUUCGAACAUCUGCUGAAGCAAUUUUUCAUGCUCCACCAAAAUCUCCAGCUGUGCAGCCUGCCAUAGAUGAUGUAACUCAAAUUUUGUACAUAGUUGUUCCUGUAGCUGUAGCAACUGUUAUCAUCGUAAUUGUUAUAGUUACUGCUUGUGUAUACGUAUAUUCGAAGAGGCCAUUACCAGUUUCUCAUCCAUAUGGAGAUUUACCAGCCUCAAAAAAUUUCAGUUAUAUGUCCACAGUUCCUCGUCAGAGAGACAUACCAAUAACUGUAUGCGGGGGAAAUGCUAUGAAGUAUGGCUCCCCGUAUUCCACAGUUCCUUUGACGAGGCCUGAACAAGAUGAAGAUGAGCCUAUAUAUGAGUCUGUUAUGGAUGAGAUACGCUGUAAAAUAAAACAGAAAUCCUUAGAUGAUGACGUAAAAAUUGGAUCUGGAACUAUUGUAUGAAGAAGAAAUUUCCCUCUAGCGUUUUCAAGUGUAUGUGCCUGCACUACCUGUGAUUGUGAUAUUUUCUGUAAAAAGUACCUUAUAUUGACAUUUAUAUCUUUAUCAUCACUUUUCAUACUACAAAUGUAAAUAUGUUUGUAUCAGAAAUUUUACCUUUUUCUGCCUUCAAAUUUUUUUCCUAAAAUUUCGUGCAUUCUUCAGAUGUACUUUCUGACAGCUAUUUUUAACAAUAUUCUGUUACAUUUUUGAACUUAAAAUUCUCCCCUCCCCCAAGUCAGUUCUUUGAGUUUUGAUGUUUAAUGCAAAAUAUAUUGUUUCAUUUUCCCACCCUGCCUAUUUUUUCUUUCUUUGCUGUUUAACUCAUUUGAAUUAAUUUUUUAAAUUAUAUUAUUGAUAACUUUUAAGCAUUUCAAAAUUUAUAUUUUAGAAGUUUUUCCUUUGACAUACAUUACAUACAAUAUAUUUCUGAGAAAUUAAAGCAAAUAUAGUUUUCGGCUGUGAUAUAAAAUUUGAAAUGUAUAAUUUUAUGUAUUCAUGUGUCACAGACAGAGAUACAGUUGGCUCUCUGUUUAACGACUUUCAAGGUACCACAAAAAAUCGUCUUUAAGUAGAAAGCGUCCUUAAAUAGAAUGCUUUUAACACUAUGGUGGACCAUCUGAGACCGUGAAAAGCCGUCUUUAAAUAGAGAAAGUCGUUAAAUAGAGCGUUGUUAAACAGAAAGCCAACUGUAUAUUAUUUAUAAAUGUAGAUAGAUAGAAAACCUGUUCAUUGAAUAAUUGUUGCUAAAUACAAUUAGACAAUCUCAUAAAAACAUUGGGUGCUUAAAAUGUGAUCAUAUUUUGAAUUGUAAUGUGUUUAAUAUAUGCUGGAUAAAUUUUUUACUAGAAGAAUUGCUCAUGAAUCUAGUUAAAUGAAAUAAAACCUUUAAGCAAUAAAAUUUUUCAUGCUUAAAUUCUUGAUCCUUUUCUGUGGGUGUAAAACUUUUUCCUUACUUUUAUUUCCAUAUUUUAUUAUAAAUCAUACUUCUUCUAUAUCUUAUGCACUGAUGUGGAAAUUUAAUUUCGUGAUUGAUAAAAAUCUGUCUUUUUCCAUUUGUUCAAGGAACACAACAUUUUCUUUAACAAAAGUUCCAGUGUUUUUAUUAUAUCUUGGGUUGAUAUUGAUUGACUGGCAUAGAAGAUAAAAAUUUUUAAUUACUUAAAGAAUAUUGUUCUUAUUUUUUAUUCAACAGAAGGAGGAGGGGGCCCUGUAAGAUCAUCAUUCAUGUACAAUCAUAGUGCAAAACUGAAAGAAUACAGUCUUAGUUUGUGUCUUUUGCAGUAUUACUAUUUCAUGGAAUGUUAAAUGUCUAACAAAAAGAGUUAAUCUAUUUUUAAUUUUAUUAUUAGAUUUAUCUAGUCUAGUUUUGUACAGUGUUUACUGCUCGCAUAUAUUUUUGAAACAGAGAAAUAGUUUUUAUUGCUAUAAAUGUGUGCUUUAUACGACGAAUUAACUUUAUCAUUCUUUAAAAGCUUGAAAAAAUAUUUUUUGAAAUCUGAUUGCACUGCACAUUUUUCCUUAAAUAUGUUUGUAUCUAGCUCUGUUUGCAAUAACAGCGAAUUUUUGUUUUGUGUUAAUAUUUUAUUGUAAGAUGUAGGCUAAUGUAUAGAAAGCUGGACUUUCAGUAAUAUGGCAGGUCAAUACAAGUGCCUUCAUGGUGUUAAUAUCUGUCACAAGAAAAUCAAAUUUGUUAAGCAAGUGGGUUUAUAAUAUUUAUGCAAAUGUGUACCUCUGAAAUUUGCAUUUCAUGUAAAUUUUGUGCCAUUAUUUCACGAUUUGGCAUUAAUUGUGCCAAAUUUAAUCAUUUUCUGAAGUGCCUUAACUUACACAAGUUAUGAAUGCUUGCUCUAUUUGUUUUUCGAAGAAAGAAAAAAAACAGUUACCUAUUAAUAACAUGUAAUUUCAAAUAUUUUUAGAGUUUAAUUUCCAGACUUUUUGUUAAGCUUGUAAUACAAUGGUCACUAAUGGAACUAUUUGCAUGUGAAAAACAGCAAAAUAGCAAAAUGACUAAAAUUUUAAUGUAAAUAAUAAAUAUUAGUGCCAUAAAUGUAUGAAAACAAAUGGUGAAAGUUGCUUCUUUAGUAAUCAAUGCUAGAAAACUUUUGUUUUAGUGAUCAUUAUUUUCUUACCAAAUAAUGAAGUUCAAUUUAGAUUUAUACCUUGUUAUUUGUGUCUAAAAAUCAUUCUUUCCAAUAAUCUUCUUUAUUGAAGUAAAGUUCGCUUUAUGAGCUUUUUAGAUCUGUUAUUAUGUGAUACUAAUAUUGUAGAUGAUACUUCAUAAGUAUCAAAUUUUUAUGUUAUUAAUCUUUUUUCUACUUAUUUUUUCUAGUGCUGUAAGAUUUUUUUCCUUCCUGUUUUGCCUGCUUAAAAUUCAUACAAAUUGAGAAAAUGUAUCCACGUUUUCUGUGUUUUUUGUUUACAAUAUUUUACUUAUUAAUUUUGAAAUUGAGUUUUAAUUACUUUGUAUUUUUUUAAUGACUUUCAAUCUUUCAUUAAGAACCAAAUUUAUGUUGGAAAUGAAAUGAUUAAUAAAUCCUCUUUAAAUAUUAAAUACCAGUAAUAUAUUGUAAAAUCGUUCUUGUGUACACUCGAAGAAUUUCUGCUAAAUCUACUUACAAAAAAAAAAAAAAAAAUCGAGCAGGACAUGUUUUGAUUAGUGUCAGAUUAGUUGUUAAAUUUUAUCAGCCAUAUUUGCAACUGAAAACUUUUAUUUAAUAAUUAUAAAUGUUAAUUAUUUCUCCUCAAAAGAUAAUAUAAAUUAUUUGAAUAAAUAAUUUUAUUAUAUUUUAUUUAAUAAGGCAUCUUAUUUCUCAAGUGUGAAAACUUCCAUAUUUGAAAUUUUCUAAGGAAUUUAAACAUGAAAUUUAAUGAUGGCAAGAAAUCGUUUUUGGAAUAAUUUUCUUUCCACAUAUUUUUAAAAUUUCAUAAGUCACCUAAAGUCUUUUUUUUCUUUAAUUUAAAGCAGUUUUAAAAGAAAAAAAAAACACUUUUAUUAGAAGUUUAAUUUUUUUUUACUUCUUUGUAGACUGUAAAAUUAAUUUAAUAGCUUAUUAUUCAUAACAUUUUGAAUAUUUGAAGCUGAUACUUAUUUUAAAAUGUCGGAAACAACUUACUAUUCGGAAUCUUAUAAAUAAACAAAACAAAUUACUUCAAUCAUUUACUUUGUCAAUUGCAUUACUCUAUGACAAUUUUUCCAUAAAUAAAAUGCUUGCAUACGAACAAAAUUUUAUUCAUACAUAGUGACUGUGAGAUUAAAACUUGCAAUUGUUAAUAUUAAAUGUACAUGUUUUGAAUAUUGUUAAUUGACUUUUCUACUAUUUAAUUUUUAACCAAAAAUUAUGAAACAUUAUUAUUUAUGACCUAUAUUUAUAUUUUUAUCACCUAAUUUAAUCUGAUUUUUUAAAGAAAUGUAAAUAUAUAAUUAUAAUAAACGUUUUUAGCUAAAGUGUCUUGCCUGAAAUUUUGCCUGUGUGUUUGA